AUGUGUGUACGAGUAUACUACAAUAUCGAUAUAAACGUUUUGAAAAGAAAGUACAACUGCGAAAAAAUUCUGAACAAUGAAAAAUUUAAGAGAGGAAUGAUAAAUAAGAAAAAUUACAUGCCCAUUAUCUACGAGACCGCUGAAAAUGGAAAAGAAAACCAAGCCCCACAAAAAAUCAAACUAAUUCAAGUUUGCCUGUGGGGCCUACAGCCAUUCAACUACGGAAAAUUCGACAAGGAAGUUCUUUUAAUUAAUGCGCGAGUAGAAAGCCUACAAUGGAAGAAGUCAUUCAAAUUGCUAAUCAAUAAGAAUCGAUGUGCCAUUGUGGUUAACGGCUACUUCGAAUGGAUGGACAUUAAGGGCUCUUCAAAAAAAACCCCAUAUUUUCUAUUUUUUGGAAACGAUGAAAAUUCUUCUGAGGAAGUAACCGACGGAAAAGUAGAGACGAAGAGUGAGGAAUUAACUGUGGAAAAGACGGAAGAAAAGAGCGAAGAAAAGGUUAUCCCUAGAAUAAAGGAAGAGGGAGUGACCACUAGUAUUAGGGUAAAGAAAGAAAUAGAGUUGAACGAAAACAACAAAGGCGAGAUUAAGAAGGAAGAAAAGGAAAAAGAGGAAGUGAAGGAGGAAGAAGAAUCGAUGAUAACAGAUAGGGGCGCUCUAAAAAGGAAAAUAGAAGGAGAGGAAAAGAGUGAGAAGAAAAAAAUCAAAACAGAGUUAUCCAACGAAGCAGAUCGGGAGGAAAAUGACGAAGAGGAGAAGUCCCAUGUAAUAAUUGCAGGCCUUUACAGCAUCUCCAAUAAGGACAAAAACGAUUGUAGAUACACCAUAAUCACAACCGCUAGCGAAAAUUCCGCCCUGAAAGACAUGCAUGACAGAUGCCCUCUCUUGCUGAGCGAAAAAACUCUAAACUUGUGGCUAGACGUGGAAAAAAAAUACGAAGACAUUAUAGAAAGUGUCAAGCAGGAGCAUCGAGUUGUUUCGAACAACUUGAAGUUUAGGGAAGUUAAGAACUGGACUGAUUAUGCAACCAAAUAG